AUCACUUCCUUUGUUGGUUUAGCACAACACCACUCAUCAUUCAAAAAACGCAUCUCAUCCGUGAAGGUGAAUAAUGGAGUUAGAUACUGUUUAUGAAAAUGUUGAUCAAAAACAUAUUAAGGACACAAGUGGACCUCAAAUACACAGACAUGAUGAAGGGCAAGCUCAAAAGCAAAAUCAAAAGCAGCUCAAAAGAGGAAGUAGGUGUUUGGUGUUGAUGACAGUGUGUCUCGGGAUCAUUUGUGUUGUUCUGCUGGUCUUCAUCAUACUGCAGCACAUUUCCAUCACAGCAGAGAGAGAGGCAGCUUCUAAAAAAAGUGUUUUUUUCAUAUCCAAUGAGUCAAAGAACUGGUCUGACAGCAGGCAGUACUGCAGGGAUCGAGGAACUGAUCUGGUCAUUAUCGACACUGAAGAGAAGCAGAGACUCAUAUCUUCAUUCAUCAAGGAGACUGUGUGGAUCGGUUUGUCUGACAUUGAGAACGAGGGCAACAUGAAAUGGGUGGAUAAUUCACCACUGAAACAAGGGUUUUGGAUCGAAGGUGAGCCGAAUAACUUGGCUGAAGAUGAGAACUGUAUUGAACUAAUUCCUGAAAAACCAACCCUGAACAACUGGAAUGAUCUCCCGUGUUCAUAUACGAUAAAAUGGAUUUGUUUUGGCUCGAAGGUGAGCCGAAUAACUACCGUGGUGGAGAUGAGGACUGCAUUGAACUGAAUCCUACAAAACACACCCUGAACAACUGGAAUGAUCUCAGAUGCUCUCAGAUGAGAAAAGGGAUUUGUGAGAAAUAGGGUUUCAUCAUGCUUAUCUUUCAGUCUUAUUCUGGGGUUGUUUUCACAAAACAUUUUAUCUUACCACUAAGAGUUCUCCUAAAUCAGCAAGUUAGGAGCUACUUUUAGCCUUAAGAUGUUUUUUUUUUUUUUUUUAUAUGGCUCCUAUCACAUAAUUCAUUAUUACAAUUCCUGUCUUUUAAGACAAUAUCAGUUGAUUUAAUUGCAUGAGCUGCGUUCAUGUGAAAGGCUGAUGCUGCACACUUUACAUCUGAUGUGUUCAUGUCUUGCUCCAUCUCAAGCAGCUCUAUGUCAGUAUAACCUUAUUCUAGCUGUUAUCAUGUCUCAUUUGUUGGUCUGAAGUGUUGAAGUGACAAUCACAGUAUAGAAGUGUAAAGUGUUUUAGAUUGCCCUGAUUCACCCUAUUAUUCAACAUUACAAUAUUGAGUGCUGUGAAACUGCUUUUGAGUUGAUUUGCUUUCUCUUUGAAUAAAAAAAACAUUAUUUAUCAUA